AUGGAUGAUGAAACUGAACAAAAGCAAGCUCUUGCCAGGGACAUCAACCAUUUGGUGACUUUAGCAAGCACUACCAAUGUGGAACCACUGAGUGAACGCCAUCGGGCUUUUGCCAACUGUCCUGCCGACAAAUUUGCAGAAAAGUUCACAGUCCAGGAUGCCGUGGCAACAAUUUUACUGGAUGGUCGUCCUGGAGAACUUUAUGCAGUUGGUAUCCAGCUUGACCAAGAUCCCGAUGCUUCGAAGCGCGCGGUUGUCAUAUACAUAUCGACAAACCAGAAAGUCACAGCUUCCAAAACCAUCUUUCUCGAGGAUAUUUGGAACCUCCUGCAAAAACGGGCUAAAGAUUAUGAGCUCUUCGACAUUGAAAAGGAGGAAUUUGAGCGUGAACACCCCGAGGGAGAGCCGGAUGCUCAAAAGGCCAGGCCACCCACCAUGCCACAAGACACCUAUCAUAGUCUGAUGCGACUUGUUUACCGUCAGUGUUUCAAGCGGUGGCUUAAGUGGAUCCAUCAGUCCUACGACGACAUGUCGCGGUUUAAGGCUAUCAUGGUGGACACAGUCGGAGACGAGCUCGAGGACUUCAAUCCAAAAUUCCACUGGUGGCUUGAGCCUUUGACUUAUCUUAUCGAGCAAUACGACUGGGUGUGCGAUUCUGCGAACUUGUUGACCAAGCAAGGCCGUGACCCCGCAAGCAUUGUGUUACACCCAGACUUUCCAGCCAAGAUGGAUCGCUUGGAAUCUGCAUAUCGCGUUUUUGAACAAGGGGACGACGCCUUGAAAAUAAUUGAAGACUGGGGCGCGAUGAUCCCUGAACAAGAGGAGCCUAUUCUCUCGCAUCUCCGACACUUCGUCGAGCUCCAUAUUGCGAUCAAUACUCUGGAGCGCGUUGCUCAGUCUGGAAAGGCACCUCAGAUUUUCAGCAACAAGUCUCUUGAAGUUGUGUACGUUGACGACUUCAACCCGCAGCCCAUCCCAACCGCGCUGCCGAUCGACACCAAUGGCUGGGAGGCCGUCCUCACUCAGGGCCUUGCAUACCGCAACUUCGCGAUCAAGCCGGAAUACGAAGCCGGUGUUCAAGCUCACUUCACUGCUCUGGGCGAAAUAUCAUCCAAGCGAAACAACACUUGUCGGGUCACCCUGCACCCCCCCAUUCAGCUGCUCCAAUUUUUCACGACCCAUCGCAUCCAUCCACCACCGUUUACAUGUAUCGGUUCCUCCCAGCCCAUUUGCGCUGCAUGUUCCGCCGUCUUCGCAGCCUGGAACACCCUCUACGAAUAUCCAAGCUUCAUUUCGCGCCGGUCAAGCGGAAAUUUCCCGUUUCCGUGGAACGUUCCAACUGAAUGGGUCGGUGCAAGGGUUACUAGCGAUGUUGAAAUCCUAGACGCGAUCUACAGAAAAAUCGCGGAGAGAUUUGGCAGUGCGCUGUUUGAGGCCGGCAUGGCUCUUUGGGGGGAAGCAGGAUCAUCGGCUUCGGGAGAAGUUCUAAAUGACCGAGACGCGGGACAGGAGGGACACCGAGAAGUCGAUGGACAAGAGGCACAGGAGAUGAAGAAUAGUCCGAAUGAACAGGGUUGCCACCAAGUUCAAGAGUUCCUGGAAUGCCAGCAAUAUAAAGGGGGAAACAAGGGCAACGCAGUCGAGAAUCGCGCUUGUGACCAGCGGCAGGACUGCCAAGAAGAGCAAAUCAAUGGCCAGGAACAUGAGGGACAGACUAGGGCGAAAGCGGAGAGGAACCCAAAGAAUUAA